UUAUAGCAAUUAUAGAAGUCAACAACAGUAAAAAACAGUCUGCUUCAUCUUUUUCACCCUGCGAAAAAUUUCUGCAUUUGGCAUCUGGUUGUUGAAAACUCCUAACAGUGAAGUUGCAAGCAAACUGACUAUAGGACAAAAGAAAAAAUAUAAAAGAAAGAAGCCAUGAGCUUCUGUUCAGGGCAGGGUAGUUUUGUAUAGAAGAUCCAUUGGUUUUUCAUAUUUUUUUAUUAUUUUUGUCUAGUGGGGAAUUUCCCAUGGUUAUUUCACAGGUCAAAGAAAGUAACAUGAUGAAAUAACCCUUUGAACACAGCAGGGCCAAGACUUGGGAAAGAGUCUUUUCAAGUUGUAAAAACAGAAGAAGUAAAAUUGAGUACUUUAGUUGCGAUUAUAUUUUUCUUCCUAGACUUAUCGUAAGUUUAGUUUAUUUGGGUCUCCCUGGUCCGGCGAUUGGUCGAAGCCUCGACCUUCCAAUCGGGAUAUUUAAUUUUUGUUUUCCCGGUGAAAAAGAAAAACAUUUUGGUAGCGGUCGUACAGGGAAUUUCACGGACAUUAACUCCUUGUUUCAGGAACUCAGUGUAGGCAGAUUUUGUGAAAGGUUUGAAGAGUGAUUUGAGCUGUUCUCAAUAAAAUGCUCAGACUAUUGCCUUGCAAUUUGACUUCCUCCAUUUCUGGUCGGUUAUAAAUGGGGAAAGAGGAUUUUGCUUCCUAGUCUUAGUUGGGUUGUGACAUUAUGGUACUAGAUGUGGUUACUAGUGCCUCCUCUGUUCCGGCUUCAGAUGUCCUUUCUCAGAUUGUAGAGGCCAUCCUUGAGGUGGCGCUUGCUGCCAAUGAUGUAUUGGUUAACAAGGAGAGUGUUAAAGAUUUUUCAACUUAUUUAAAGAGAAUUGUCCCAGUCUUGAAAGAGCUGAAUAAAAAAGAUGUUGGUAAUUCUGAGAGCUUAAACAAUGCGAUAGAGAUUCUUAAUCGAGAAAUAAAAGCUGCAAAUCAACUUAUUAUAGAAUGCUGCAAGAAAAACAAAGUGUAUCAAUUGAUGAAUUGUCGAGCAAUUGUUAAGCGCUUAGAGGAUGCAACUAGAGAAAUCAGCCAUGCACUCAGUCUUAUUCCUUUGGCCUCUCUAGAUCUUUCAACAGGUAUCAUCGAAGAGAUUGGAAAAAUCUGUGAGAAUAUGCAGAGAGCUGAGUUUAGGGCAGCUGUAGCAGAAGAAGAAAUUUUGGAGAAAGUUGAAUCAGGAAUAAAGGACAGGAAUGUUGAUCGUUCUUAUGCCAAUCAUUUACUAUCUCUCAUAGCGGAUGCUGUUGGUGUAUCAACUGAAAGGUCAGCAUUGAAGAAGGAGCUCAAUGAAUUUAAGGGUGAGAUUGAAAAUGCUCGGUUAAGGAAGGAUCAAGCUGAGGCUAUACAAAUGGAUCAGAUUAUUGCUUUGUUAGAAAGAGCAGAUGCUGCUUCAUCCCCAAGGGAGAAAGAGAUAAAGUAUUUCUCCAAACGGAAAUCUCUGGGUAAUCAGCCUUUAGAACCUCUCCAAUCAUUUUAUUGUCCCAUAACUCGGGAUGUUAUGGUGGACCCCGUGGAGACUUCUUCAGGACAGACAUUUGAGAGAACUGCGAUAGAGAAAUGGUUUUCAGAUGGGAACAAAUUGUGUCCCCUUACCAUGACCAUUCUGGAUACAUCAAUUCUUCGGCCAAAUAAAACUUUGAGACAGUCAAUCGAAGAAUGGAAGGAUAGAAACACCAUGAUUACUAUUGCUUCUAUGAAGCCAAAACUCAUGUCUGAAGAAGUGGGAGAAGUGCUUCAUUGCCUAGAAGAGCUACAGGAACUCUGUCAACAAAGAGACCUGAAUCAGGAAUGGAUAAUAUUGGAGAAUUACAUUCCAAGUCUUAUUAAUUUACUUGGUUCCAAAGAACGGGACAUAAGGAAUCGAACUCUUGUCAUCCUUCGCAUUUUAGCAAAGUAUAGUGAUGAUGCUAAGGAAAGACUAGCAAAGGUUGAUAAUGCUAUUGAAUCUAUUGUUCGAUCUCUUGGACGUCGUAUUGAGGAGAGGAAGUUAGCAGUUGCAUUAUUGUUGGAAUUAUCACGUUAUGAUAUGUUACGAGACUGCAUUGGCAAAGUUCAGGGAUGCAUUCUCCUCUUGGUGACUAUGUCAAGUAGUGAUGAUAGUCAGGCUUCCAGAGACGCACAGGAGCUAUUGGAGAAUCUCUCAUUCUGUGACCAAAAUGUGGUUCAGAUGGCAAAGGCAAAUUAUUUUAAACCCUUGCUGCAGCGACUCUCAACAGGUCCUGAAGAUGUUAAAAUGCUCAUGGCAACAACUAUAGCUGAAAUGGAGUUGACUGACCACCACAAAGCAUCUUUGCUUGAAGGAGAAGUGCUGGGUCCACUUCUUCAAUUGGUCUCUCAUGGUGACAUUCAAAUGAAAAAAGGGGCUGUGAGAGCUCUUCAGAACCUUUCAAGUGUACCUAAAAAUGGACUGAAGAUGAUAAAAGAAGGUGCAGUGGGGCCAUUGCUUGAUCUCCUUCUCCGCCACAGCUCAUCAUCCUCAAGCUUGCGAGAGCAGGCGGCAACCACUGUUAUGCACCUUGCUGAAUCAACAGUGUCUCAAGAAUCCAGCCAGACUCCAGUGUCACUAUUGGAAUCCAAUGAAGAUACCAUUAUGCUCUUCUCUUUCAUAAAUUUAACAGGGCCUGAUGUGCAACAAAGGAUUCUCCAAACCUUCAAUGCCUUAUGUCAGUCUCCCUCCGGAAGAAAUAUCAAGACCAUGUUAAUUCAGUGUUCUGCAAUUCAAAUCUUAGUUCAGCUGUGUGAGAAUGAUAAGCAAAUUGUCCGAUCAAAUGCGGUAAAAUUGUUCUGCUGCUUGGUAGACAAUGGUGAUGAAGCUAUCAUCCUGGAGCAUGUUGGUCAGAAAUGCAUAGAGUCCUUAGUCAAGAUCAUACAAUCUUCAGAAAAUGAGGAGGAGGUUGCCUCUGCAAUGGGAAUUAUCUCUAACCUUCCAGAAGUGCCCCAAUUCACUCAGUGGCUUUUGGAUGCGAAGGCACUUCCAAUAAUUGUGAAUUCUCUGAAAAAUAGCAAGCAAAAUGAUCCAAACAAAAGUCAGUUAGUUGAAAAUGCUGUUGGAGCCAUACGACGUUUCACUUUUCCAACAUAUUUGGAGUGGCAAAAGAGAGCAGCUGAAGCUGGUGUUAUUCCCAUAUUAGUUCAGUUGCUAGAAUAUGGAACAAGCCUGACAAAAAAACGUGCAGCCAUUUCUCUUGCUCGGUUUUCAGAAAAUUCACUUGGGCUGAGUCGUUUAAUACCAAAGCGCCAGGGUUUUUGGUGUUUCUCAGCUCCACCAGAAACUGGCUGCAGGGUUCAUGGAGGAUUCUGUGCUGUUGAAACAUCCUUUUGCCUUUUGGAGGCUGAUGCGGUUGCACCACUUGUGAGGGUUCUGGCAGAAUCAGAUCCUGGAGCCUGUGAAGCUUCUUUAGAUGCACUACUGACUUUAAUCGAAGGUACAAAACUGCAAAGUGGAAGCAAAGUGCUUGAAGAAGCAAACACCAUAGACCACAUGAUAAGAUUUCUGAGUUCCCCUUCUCCCAGACUGCAAGAGAAGGCUCUGCAUGCUAUAGAAAGGAUUUUCAGACUACCAGAGUUCAAACAAAAGUACGGGCAAUCUGCUCAGAUGCCUUUGGUUGACUUAACACAGCGUGGCAACGGUAGUAUGAAGUCUCUUUCAGCCAGAGUACUUGCUCAUUUGGGUGUGCUUCACGAUCAGUCUUCAUAUUUUUGAAGAAAUUUAGUGGCUUUCAGCUUUAUGAAUUAUAUAGUUGUAGUUCUGCUGAGGAAAUAAAUGAUGUUGCAAAACUCUCCUUGACGCUUCAGCUGCUCCAGAAUUAUGGUGCAGGUGGUGAAUGAGUAUGCAUGAUAAAGCGUGAGUCUCACCAUCAUCUAUUUCCUCAAAGCCCAAAUGGAGUACUUUACCGAACCAUUUCUGUUCAAAGCAGCUCAUAUGCAGUCUGUGCACUGUGGUUUUCAACCGUCGGAGACUUGUAGCCAAGGUGACCUGAACGUAUUUCAUGCUUUUGUUGUCCAGAAAACCUUUGUUCGAAGUGGAGAUUGAAUCUGUCUAUACAUUCAAAGCUCAAUAGCUGAUGGAUUUCUUUAUUAGAUGAGGAGAAAUCACUGGAGGUCACCGCCAGCAGAGUAGCCACUCAUAGUGACGUAUUUUUUCUAUAAAAAAAUUGAAUUCUUUUAAUUUAUUUUCUCCUCUCUUGCAUUUUGUAUCCAAUCUUUAAUAGAACUGAACUUCAUUUUAUCAAAAGCAUUCAAAUUAACCUAA